AUGGAUCUGGCAGAGGGACAUCCGCUCGCGGCUUAUCCUCCAGCCGCAUUGGGACUGCUUGCGGACGGCUUGCCUCAAGAUCCUCACUCUGUACAAGCCCCGAAUCGUCCGUCAUCGCCAUCCAUUGGGCCCUGGGACUCGGCAUCACAACGCUCCCCUCUUCCAUCCGUCGUCAAUUUCCCCCUCCCUCAACCCACUCGAGCCCCUCUGACUGACCGAGCGAGGCUCAAGGUCAAAAAUAAGCCUUCCCUCGGCGGUUUGAGCUACAUCGACGAGGAGGGCGCAUACUACAAAUCAGAUUCUUCUCGACCUGCUUCCGACAUGGCCCUUGCCAAAGAGAGAGAUCAGAAUGUGGAGACACUGGGGCUCGUCGCCGACGCGGCGGAUAUGGGUGGUGCGGAAAGAGGCGUCAAAUUUGCAGAGUAUGAGCAAAGCCCUUGGCCUUACCCGCCUAGUCAGACCACUGGAAGUGUAGAACGAGGGGGAAGGCUUUGGAGAUUAUUACUCUUCCCCAGUGGAUUGGAUAGGCUCCUGGCGUUAUUUGGGCGAGACACUGGCGUUGCCCCUGUGGAACAGGCCAUUGAGCGCAAGAAGAGGGGGAUAGGUGGACAAAGAUGGCCCGUGGCCGCUUGGGGACUUGCAGUCGCUAUGACUGCAGUACUGAUUUACGAACUCGUAGCGAAUCAUGUCGCCCAAGGUACUCCGAUAGCAAUCAAAGUAAGUGUUGUUGCCAUGAUAGGUCCUUCUGCUGAGGUUCUAAUAAAUAUUGGAGCUCGAUUCCCUCCGUGCAUGAAGGACGUUGCCGACAUACCGCCUACUUUUCAGCUUGCAUGUCUGAAUGAUACGUCCAACCCUCCGACCACGUCAUGUUCCAUCGAACAGCUCUGUGGUCAUGGCGGCUUUCAUGGUCAAGAGCCGGAUCAAUCAUGGCGCUUCGUUCUUCCGAUUUUCCUACACGUGGGCAUCAUCCAUCUCUUACUCAAUAUGGCCGCACAAGUCACUAUCGGCGCUCAAAUUGAGCGAGAGAUGGGCACGAUACCCUUUUUGAUGGUUUACAUGGCUGGAGGUAUCUACGGAUUCGUGCUAGGCGGCAAUUUUUCUCGAACGGGAAUCCCAUCAGUCGGAGCUUCGGGCGCGUUGUUUGCCAUCAAUGCAUGUGUCACAGUCGAUCUGGGACUGCAUUGGAAGUACGAGCCAAGACCCAAGCUGAAGGCUUUUUUGCUGCUCAUUGAGUUCUGCGUGGGAAUUGCCAUUGGGUAUAUUCCGAAUGCAGUCGAUGGUCUCGCACAUCUAGGGGGUUUUGCCAUGGGAUUACUAAUGGGUAUCAUCCUCUACCCUUCGAUCAGCGAGACGAAAUCACACCGAAAUGUUGUUUGGACGUUACGCCUUUUGGCCCUUCCAUUGAUCAUUGUCGCUUUCGUCCUCACCAUACGGAACUUCUACACAGCAGAUCCAAAUGCAGCAUGCGAGUGGUGUCGAUUCCUUUCAUGUAUCCCGACAAGCUCAAACAACCAUUGCACAGGUACUGUGAGUCAGCUCUUUCCUUCAAUGCGCAGUGUCAAUGCUAUCUUCUCUACUUGGCUUUGA